AUGAAAAUGAACGGCGAAGACGACUGGGACGUGGAACAACAUAAGACGGAACACGAAUGCGACGAGCAUUGGGAACUUAGACGUAAAUUCUUGCUGGCACAUAAGGAUAAAUUCCCGGAAGACGAGCUCGUUUGCUUGGCCCAGGUGUUCACGAACGUUGAAUUACUCGGCUGCAGGUAUCCUAAGGAGACUAUGCAGCUGAUCGCUGAACUGGCCGAAGACAUUGUCACGGAAUAUAGAGAGAAACAAAAGACGAAGUUACAAAGAACAUUUGUGAAGGCUUCAGACGCUGCUAGUUCAAAGGUGAAAGGAAUCGAUGCCCCGAGAUCCUCUAGUACACCCACAGAAUCAACUGGAUACUCUACAGGAUCUACGAGCACUUGUGACUCGAGUUCUCUAGACACGCCACCCGCAAAGAGAAGAAAAGUGGAAGACUGUCCGUUUGGUGAUAUCGUUAUAGUCGAGAGGCCUGGAGAUUUACCGCAACAAAUACUUGCUGGCGCGAUUAACGUAUCGAGUGGACACUUGGAGUGGAAAUUCGACAAAGUUGAAGAGUCCCAUAAAUGCAGUAUUUUUGUGAAUACAAAGUUUUUGGCAGAAGCCUGUAGUUCGAACCAGAAGUCAGCAAAGAAAGAAGCAUCUGUCGCUGCGUUGACUCAACUACAGAAGUAUUAUUAUACAAUUAAGAUCAAGCAGCACGGGGGUACAAAGGACAUCAACGUCACUAGUACGUCGAUGAUGGACGACACAGUGAAAACUGAUUCUAUCUCCGACGAUAAUAUUGGGAAAAAAUUAAUGAAGCUAAUGGGCUGGACCGGCGGUGGUCUCGGUAAAUCGGAACAGGGAAUCGUGGAACCCGUUACACUCAAGCAACAGAUCAGUAGAAAAGGUCUAGGAUUAAAGUCCACGUCCGACUCGACGAAGGAUUUGAAGUAUAAGUCUAAGGACAUCAUGAGGAAGUAUCUCUCGGGCGAUAUGAUGAACGACCUAGUGUUCUCUGCCGAUUUUACGAACGACGAGAGAGCAGUGAUUCAUCAGGUGGCUAGGCAGAUGGGUUUGAAGUCGCACAGCUACGGUCCCAAGAAUCAGCGGACGUUAAUAGUUUCUCGUAAGGUCGACAUAAAAGAUUUGGUCGAAGAAUUGAAACACCUCGGAGGAGCUACAGACAAGUAUCAAUUGAUCGAACCGACCAACGAGUACGAAUAAGGUGUACAUAUCUUCCUGCAGUAGCGUACAAAUUCUGUGAUGACGCACAGACGUCGACAUAUUCCGAAUAAACUUUAUUCAUUAAACGACUUUUGUAUUUAAGCUGGACGCUCUAAUAAAACGAUGUGCGAAACAAA